CAACCAUGUACAUAAGAAGGAAAAUAUAACGUGAUAAAUAAUUUUUCAAUUCUGAUAAGUUAUUGUGGAUGUGGUAUUUAAUGAUAAACCAUAGUUUUAUAUGUUGUUUAAAAGAGUGAAUAGUAUCCCAAAAAUGGAGCAGGAGGAGUGCAUACAUCAAGGAUUUCUGCUGUUACCACCUGUUGGAAAACUGCUUAAGAAAUCAUGGCAACAAAAAUAUUGCAUGUUAUUUAAAGCAAGCAAAUUCGGUAUGGAACGACUAGAAGUGUAUGACGCUGUGGACUCCAAAGAUUAUAAGAUUAUAACCUUAGAAAACUGUAUCAAAAUCAAUUCGAAGUCUCUCACGACGUUUGUAAUAACUUCCAAAUCGGGAGUUUACGAAUUUGGUGCUCUAACAGAACAGUCCAUGAACGAAUGGCUUUCGGCAAUACAAUCUGUCGCCUUUCCAGACGAAGUAUCCAAAAUGACAUCAAUCGAAGAAGACAACGAUCUGUAUUGCUCAUCUGGGGAAGGCGUGUUCAACGUUAAAUUACACCCUUCGCCGGUGUCCAUAAACUGUGGCUUGGAGAGUAAAACUUAUACCUUAGUUCUUACAUCAACUGCCUUACAAUUAAGAAACAUUAUAGAUAAUAAGCUCCUAUUCACGUGGCCUUAUUGCUACAUCAGAAGGUACGGCUAUAAAAGCGGCAAAUUCACAUUCGAAGCUGGAAGAAAAUGUGAAUCUGGAGAAGGCACAUUUUACCUUGAACAUCAAAAUCAACAGGAGAUUUUUAGGUGUCUAGCAACCAAGAUGAAAUCGAUGAAAAAAUUGCUCUCCGGUGAAACGUCUCCUCUUCUAGACUGUGGAGAAGACCAAUUCCAAGCCGCGUUGCUUUUAGCACCGAGAUCUAGAACUCCGUUAGUGCCCUCCCCCACGAUACCAUCGUUGCAAUCCAUAUCAGACUCCUCAAUUUCCAGUAAAUCUCAGUUAUCACAAAUGAGUAACAUUAGUAGUGAACUUGAGUCUAAGAAUAUCCCGUUUUCGUUGAAAAGUGUGAAACCGAACAAACCUCCUAGAAAGUUUAUACCGUUGAGCAAGCCUUUUCCAGAACAAGAUCCUACGUAUGAGCCGAUUCAGAAGUACGACGAAAUAGAAUAUAGAAACAACGCCUGGCAAACUCUAGGUAUUGACGCCCCGGACCACACGGAACAAAUUGCCGAAGAAGAGGACUACAUGUCUUGGGGGGAGAUUAAAAAACAGAAAGAAGCCAUAAAGAAACCUUUAGCCCCUACUAUCAUUACACAAAAUACACCAGUAGAUACCGGAGACACGUACGACAAGCUAAACUACUUCGGAUCAACGAGCAAAAUAAAUUCUAAAUCGCCGUACAAGCAAGUUUUUCCAGUUCCAGUUAACCCAGUAUCAGAACCUCUUUCGUAUAACGAGUACGACGAAGUUCAGUGCUUCACCGAAGAAAACCAAGGCAAGAAAGAUCCCAAUGACGAUAAGGUCAACCACCAGUUUCACAACGAAGAAGCUUAUGCCGUCAUCAGUAAACCAAAACGAGUCUAGUCAAAAAUUCGGUUUAUAGACUAUAAGGAAUUAAGACUAAAAACGAUUGCUUUUAAAAAAUGUGCCAAACAGGUAAUUUCACUUAAUUUCGUAUUAGAAUAUAAAUAUUUUGAUUGAUUUUUUUAUUUUUAUAAAAAAAUAAGCGAGAAGUUGGAUUAUUUAUGCGCGAUCUGAAAGAGAUAGGUCUGUGUGCUUUACAGCAGGGGUGCCGAAACACUCGAGCGUGAAAUUUUAUUGGAAGCUAUCAAGAAAAAGUGAAUAUGGUCCCUAUUGGUAGAAAUAAUGAUAACUUAUAGUAACAAACUUAUAACUUGGACAGUUAUAAUAAAUUUAUUAAAUACUAUCAGCUGAAACGAAUUAUUUAUCAACUAUCUUAAAUUUUAAAACAAUCUCAACUGGCGAGUCCAAACCUGUUCACUUUUAUUACGGCAUUUAACUGCCGACAAACCAAUCGGGGAACGUUUUAGACUUGCGCACGCGUAUUAUGCACCGAAUUUAUGUUAUCUGCAUAUGAUGCGAAGAAAAACUAAUAUUACAAACAAAAUAAAUUGUACAAUAACUUGGGGUUUUCGAAACUGUUUAAACACAGUAAUUUUUUAGAUAAAGUAUCAAGAGAAUAAAAGAUUGCAAAGGCAUAUGUACUGAUAUAAUAGUUAUGUCGAGCUUAAAAUCUGAAUAAGACACGGAUAUGAGACAAAAUGUAUGAAAAAAUAACAAAAUAUAUUAAAAAACAUUUACGCACCAAAAAGGAAGUUCUGCGGCAAUGGAAAUGUCGCAAUCAAUUAAGAAGACCGAGAUAGAACACAAAUAAAGAAGGAAGAGUAUAAAUUAAAUUUAAGUGAUGAAACAACAGGUCAAAAACUAUAGGACUACAUCGAGUUGGAUUUUAUUCUAAAAAAUUUUUAAUUUUAUGAACGAAGAAGAAAUAUGUUGUCUCAUAUAAUGUUUAAUAAGAUACAUUAUAGAUGAAGGUUUCUCUCGCCUAUUUGUUGUCUAGGUUUGAAAAUCUAAUGAAAACAUAAAAUGUAAUAAUUUCUUUAUAGCUAGAGUGAUAAUAUGAUUGAUACUCAAUAUUUUAAUGGGAAUUAUUCUUUCGGACAUGUCGAUUAUUGUAUAUUUAAACAAAUCACUUAGUAAUCAAUUAUGUAUUUAAAAUGUGGUUACAAUCUCAAUUGGUAAAUCCAUACCUGUGCAUUUACCCACGAUAUUUAACUACCGAUUCACCAACCACGGUGUUUGAAGUUUGUAAAAUUGUUUAAAAAGAGCAAUUUUCUAGAGUUAAUAUCAGAAGAGCAUAAUAGUGUAAAGAUAUAUCGAUAGAAAAUUCAAAUCGGGUUAAAGUGUUUACAAGACAAAAGGUAUCAGAAAAAUAUGAAAUUAAAAACAUUGACACCAAAAUCAAAAGUUCUACACCAAGAAAGGUAUGUAAGAAGCCAUUAAGAGGAUUUAAUAGAAAGAAUUCUCAUGAUUUACUUAAUGCCGUCGCCAAAAAUAGAGUGUAAGUCAAAUUAAAAACAAUGGAACUAAAGAACACCACUGAUUGAACUUUUUUUAUUAAAAUACUUUUAAUUUUGUGAAAGGAGAAGUAAUGGGUGUUUUUUUAGCAAUUUUAUUUGUAUACGACGUAUUUGUCAUCGUAGAGGUCCAAUUUUCUUAUGCACUCUGUGCAAUUUUACAAAAAAAUUUAAACUGAAAUACGAAAAUACCUUUGUUCUUGAUGCCUGUCUUUUAGCUUUAAAAGUUUUACUUUGCUCUUGCAACAAAUUUCAGCCCAUAUUGGGCCUCAUAAGGUAAGAGUAAAAAAUUAAAACUGAGAGAACUGAGAGAAAAGGAAAAAUUUUUUUAACCGAAUUUUCCUCUUUAAGAUUGUCAUUCGCCGUUGUCGGAACAAAAUUGAAUUAAUUUUUGUCGUUAGUGACUUUUGUGUUUUUAAUCAUCUUUUUUCAUUUAGAGAACAUACUGACCUGCCGAAGGUUAUGUCAAUUAUUAUGUCUUGAACGAAAUCAAUUAUCUAAAAUUUUAACACAAUCUCUACUGGCGAGUCCAGACCUGUAGACUUUGCACACGAGAGUUAAUGACUGAAGGAACGUUUUAGACUUGCACAUGUGUGUUAUGUGGCGAUCGUUCGCUCCCUUAUCUGCAUAUGAUGCAAAGAAAAAUUAACUAAUAAUGCAAAAGAUUUCAAUAAAUUGUAAAUUGUACAGUUUCGAGCACCCCUGCACUAAAGCAUUGGUAAAAAUGAUUGUUAAAUCUACUGUUAUCAUUCUAUGUCUUUAUUUAUCGGACAUUUUAAUUUACUGCUAAUUCUAGUAUUUUUUGAAUACUAAAAAAUUAUUGGGCAAUAUAUCAGCGCUUCUUUUUAAUAACUUCCCAUAAUCCAGUGUCGUCACUACUUUGCCAUGUGGUAACCUGAUAACAAAGAGGAAGAUAUUUUAAAACAGUUUUUUGUGAUCACGCUUUAGUUUUUUUUUAACUUAAAUUGUGCAUACGACUGUAAAGAACAACUAUGCUUUUUUACAUAAAAGUGCUUGUUUGUUCUAAUGUUUACUUACUUUAUUUUACUAAUUUUACUUACUAAUAUUUAUACACUUUACACUUUUUAGAAGAUAAUAAGAGUGAUAGCAGUAUAUUUUUCCUCUGUAAUUGUAUAUCUCUUACAACUCAACUUGUAUACAAUUUUACUUCUAAAAGUAAAAAUUUUUAUGAAGAAACUAUUAAAUAUUUUCUUUUAAAAGAAAGCCUCAAGAAACAUUCCAUGUACUGACUAUAUAGUUUAACGAAAUUAUUAUCAAUUUGAUAUUAUGUAUGAGAAAAAUUUAUAAAAUUAGCUACUAAUUUUAGUGAACCUGAUUUUUAAAAUUCUCAAUCUUAUUUAAAGAGAUACCAAUCGGAGAGUUAGACCUAAAUAUGUUUGACAGUAAAGUAUGUCAACUGUCAAAAUGUGUUUGACAAUUAACUGUUUUUUUUAGUCAGUUGUCAACUUUAUUUGAUAUGAAAAUUAAAAACUUUAUUAUUGGUAUUUCUUUACAAAACGACCUUUUCCGCAAUGUGAUACUACAAUUCCAUCACAUUUUUGUAUUUGAAUAUAAGUAUUGAUAUAAUAAGUGCC